AUUCCGCUGUUAUGUUUUGCAUUUUGUAAAAUAGAAUAUACAAACAAUAAGUACACUGCAUUGGUGUGAUGAAACAAAUAAUAUAAAAUGAAAUAGAAAAAUCCAUUGUUGUAUGUAAGAUAGGUCUACAUAAAAAUUAUUGUUGUUGUGAAUGACUAUACAUGAUCAUACAUGCAAAUGAGCAACGUGCGGAAGACGAAUUAAUCGAACUCAUACAAAUUUCCCAAGUAUCGUGCAUUGUAGCUGGAAAUUAAAAGCAAAUGUUUUCGUGUCAUUCGUAUAAUUGACACAGUUUUCUUAAUCGUCAAAAACUCCUUCUUGCUUGUAAAACAAGAAACUAAUUUUUUACAAAACUUUCCAAAAUGUACACGAUAUAAACUCAAGUUUGUAGAGGAAUUUUAAUUCUUAUCUAAUCUAAUGCUAAUAUUCAGUGAGGAAUACGUUAAGAUUACGCUUACUGCGGCACUUAUUUGGUCGUCGACUUUAUUAAGUCGUAGCUUGUGCAUAAGCACUACUUGUUGAUAAUUAUUCGAAUUAUCAGCCGACGUGUUAAUGGCUGGCGCAUGCACGCGCAAGAGCACGUAUAGUUCCGAAUUUUAGAGUAUUUAUACGGCUGUAUUAUCUCGAGACAGUGCACUCUUAUUUACGAUGGAAAAGAAUGUCAUACAUUCUUUAGUUCCAAAACAUGAAUAUAAAUGUAUAUCUAAUAUCUGCGUGUGUCCUUCGGAAGGCAGUACUGACGUCAGCGACGGAAAAAAAUUAUCCUCUCGUCGCUACAAAAUUAGCAAUAAUUCAAGGAUAUCACAAAACAUCGCACAAUGGUCGACAGUAUGAAGCUUAUGAGGGUAUACCUUACGCUCUUCCACCAACUGGGAAUUAGGAACGUUUUAGGCCACCGCAGCCGAUCACAACCCCACAUCAAAAGCAGUAAUCUCAGCAACUCGGGAUCCACCCAGGUGCAUUCAGUUCGACUACCAGAACAAGGAAACACUAGGUCAAGAGGAUUGCCUUUAUCUUAGCAUUUAAACUCCAAAUUUAGAAAAAGAGUCCAAGUUACCGGUGAUUCUCUGCUUCCACGAGGGAGCUUUUCAGCGUUGUUCGGGAAGUUACACGAAAGCUAAAUAUCUGAUGGACCGAGAUGUCAUCCUGGUCACGAUGAACUACAGACUCGGAGUGUUCGAUUUCAUGAGCACCGAGGAUGAAGUCGUUUCUGGCAAUAUGGGCCUGAAAGAUCAAAAUUUGGCCCUCAAGUGGGUCGCCGAAAACAUCCAGCACUUUGGCGGGGAUCCCAAAAAUAUCAGCCUACUGGGAGUCAGCGCUGGCGGCAGCAGCGUUCACUACCACUAUCUAUCGAAGAUGAGCAAGGGACUUUUUGUAAACGGAAUGUCGUUCAGUGGCACUGCGCUAUGGCCCUGGGCUUAUGAUCCGCAGCCUUUGGUCACUGCAAAAAGACUGGCUAGCAUCGCUAGAUGUACUGCAGAGAGUAAUCUGGAAAUGGUAGAGUGCUUAAGGCGAAAGCCUGAACGAGCGUUGACUAAUGCUACUAGCGAGAUGCUGAGGCAAACAACAUCCCGAUACUUUUACUAUCCAUUCUUCAUGCCAGUUGCCGAGAGAAACGUGGAAGACUGCUUCGUCAAUCGUCCGCCAGAAAAAAUUUUGAAAAGUGGUGACGUCUACAAUGCUCCUUGGGUUACUGGUAUUGUCAGUGAAGAAGGUGGUUCAACUGUAUCAGGUCUAGCCUUCAAUCAGGAAGCUUUAUCCUUCAUCGACGAGAAUUGGGAGACUCUGACGCCCUAUAUGCUUAUGUACAACAAAACGCAACCUUUGAACCGACACUCCGAUAUAGCACUGACAGUCAGGAGCCGUUACAUAGGGGAAAAUCACAAACUCAAGAGUAACGACUCGAUAACCUUGUGGGGACUCUUGGACAUGAAGACGCACGAGUCAUUUUCCAUAGUCACGGAAAAAUCCGCAAGGUUACAAGCCGCUGCCAACAAACAUCCAGUUUACGCGUAUUAUUACAGUUACAGGGCAGCCCAAAGCCACAGCGAACUUCUCUCUAAAACCAAGUUUGAUUUCGGUGUGAUUCAUUUGGAUGACAUUCUGCUGAUUCUCGAGAACGAUUACGUUGAUCCUUCGACAACGUCUAAUGACAAACAGAUGUUGGAUAAAAUGUUGGAUUUUUGGUAUUCGACGAUUACUACGGGAAAUCCGGAUUUGUGACUCGAAUGGCCGACAGGUGAAGCGGAAUCGGAGAAAUUCACAUACAUGCACAUUGCUGGGCCAACAAAUUCGUCUGUAACUAGUAGCGAUAACUUUGGAGAAAAAAUAUUCUGGAGGAAACUUGGGUUUUAGCUCCUAAAUUUCAUUUGACUCUGUAUUUGAUAUGUCACAAACUUUGUGUAGUUUUAUUUUAUGAAAAGUUGAAUUAUAUUUUUAUUCGUAUGCGUUAAUUUA